GUAGUUCUGAGAAAUAUCAAUUCACAAAUGAUAUUAUUGUACUUGACCUGAAAGCUACAAAUAAGCAUAAUACUUAUAGUGUAUGCAAAGCUUGCGAUGAAGCUUUUGGUCAGGAUGAAACUCUAAAGAUGCUAAUUACUAAUAAAAAAAAUAUUGUUCGAAACUAUUUAAAAAAAUGUGAAUACUUUCGUAUUAAGCUAGGAUCUCAAGAAGUAGUAGAUACAUACUGCAAUAAGAUGGAUAAUGAGGCAGAAUGUAUUUCUCAAGUUUCAAAAAGACGCUGA